AAAGUAGUAUUAGUAAUAGUAGGAGUGUUAGUAGUAGCUGCAGGAGUAGUAGUAGAAGUAGUAUUAGUAGUAAUAGUAGGAGUCUUAAUAGUAGUUGCAGGAGUAGUAGUAAAGGUAGUAUGAGUAGGAGGAGUAGUAGUAGUUGCAGGAGUAGUAGUAGUAGUAGUAGUAGUAGUAGUAGGAGUAUUAGUUGUAGUUGCAGGAGUAUUAGUAGUAGUAAAAGUAGUAUUAGUAAUAGUAGGAGUGUUAGUAGUAGCUGCAGGAGUAGUAGUAGAAGUAGUAUUAGUAGGAGUAGUAGUAAUAGUAGGAGUCUUAAUAGUAGUUGCAGGAGUAGUAGUAAAGGUAGUAUGAGUAGGAGGAGUAGUAGUAGUUGCAGGAGUAGUAGUAGUAGUAGUAGUAGGAGUGUUAGUAGUAGUUGCAGGAGUAGUAGUAGUAAUAGUAGUAGUAUUAGUAGUAGUAGGAGUGUUAGUAGUAGUUGCAGGAGUAGUAGUAGUAAUAGUAGGAGUAUUAGUAGAAGUAGUAGGAGUAUUAGUAGUAGAUGCAGGAGUAGUAGUAAUAUUAGUAGGAGAAGUAGUAGAAGUAGUAUUAGUAGUAGUAGUAGUAAUAGUAGGAGUGUUAGUAGUAGUUGCAGGAGGAGUAGUAGAAGUAGUAUUAGUAGGAGUAGUAGUAAUAGUAGGAGUCUUAAUAGUAGUUGCAGGAGUAGUAGUAAAGGUAGUAUGAGUAGGAGGAGUAGUAGAAGUAGUAUUAGUAGGAGUUGUAGUAAUAGUAGGAGUGUUAGUAGUAGUUGCAGGAGAAUUAGUAGUAGUAGUAGUAAAGGUAGUAUGAGUAGGAGGAGUAGUAGAAGUAGUAUUAGUAGGAGUUGUAGUAAUAGUAGGAGAGUAUUAGUAGUAGUUGCAGGAGUAGUAGUAAUAUUAGUAAGAGGAGUAGUAGAAGUAGUAUUAGUAGUAGUAGUAGUAAUAGUAGGAGUGUUAGUAGUAGUUGCAGGAGGAGUAGUAAUAUUAGUAGGAGUUGUAGUAAUAGUAGGAGUGUUAGUAGUAGUUGCAGGAGAAUUAGUAGUAGUAGUAGUAAAGGUAGUAUGAGUAGGAGGAGUAGUAGAAGUAGUAUUAGUAGGAGUUGUAGUAAUAGUAGGAGUGUUAGUAGUAGUUGCAGGAGAAUUAGUAGGAGUAGUAGUAAAGGUAGUAUGAGUAGGAGGAGUAGUAGAAGUACUAUUAAUAGGAGUUGUAGUAAUAGUAGGAGUCUUAGUAGUAGUUGCAGGAGUAGUAGUAAAAGUAGUAUUGUUCAUACUUUUUGUUUGUAGUAGUAGUAGUAGUAGUAAUAGUAGUAGUAGUAGUAUCCAUGAUUUAGCCUGACUUUGCUCAAUCUUACUUUGCUAACGUAGCCUAAGUUAAAGCUUUUAAUGCUUUUCAAACUUUCUGAGCGAUAAUAUUGUAAAUGUAAUGAUGUUGCCUCAGACUGUUUUCUACCCACACAGAUUAUUUCUUUGCACUACCUCUAACAUGAAUUUUCCAAAUGGAAGUCAAACCACAACAAUCCAUUGUAAAUCCUGAAAGAUUGAACAGCUGCAAAACACCAACAACACAACAAACCAGUGUUCUAAACAAACUGUUUGUAGCCAGCACACUAAUCAUAAACCCUCUUCCUUCUAUUGUUGCU